GUUAUUUAAAAUCUGGUAUUUUGCAGAAUUUCAUCAGUAAAAACCACUUUAUGUUGCAUUUCCAACUAUCUUAAGCGUUUGAAAUGAAUUUAGCAGGACCUUUGUUUCCUAGUGCAUGAAAUAUUAUAUUUCUUUGUGGAGUUCGUAAUGAUCGAGGAAGAGACCUAUACCAUACAAAUUUUUUGCUACUUCUUGGCUUUUUUCUUCCUUUACCUCGCAAAAAUUCAUGUACUUCUAGCACUGUUACUGGUGAAUUUGUAAUUCUAACCUGGAUAUUAUCCUCUUCAAGUUCGUUUUCCGACCUUUGUAGAUCGGCUUCAUGAUCAGAGCUAUCCCCUUUGACAGUAUUCUGUUCAACGCGAAAGUCGGAAAUAAUUUCAUCUGGUUCACUUUCCAAUUCGUCCCCAAGAACCACCUAGAUAUCGUUUUGUGAUAGAUUAUGAAGUAAAUUCAAAUUUAAAAAGAGAUAAAUAUCAAGCCAGGUACAUGCAGCUAAAUGCAAAACAAAAAGUUGUAAAUAUAUUUAAAAAGUACACAAUUUUCUUGAAAUAAAUUUAUGUGAAGGCUUAUUAUACAAAUAAAAAAGAAAAACAUUAAAUUACAGGAAAUUCUAUUAAACAGUGCGUGAUUCCACUGGGCUGCUGGAAUAAUUUCCUUGAUGUCUCGGAUUCUAUUAGAAACGAACUGCUUCCAUGUGGAAGGAUCACCAUGAAUCCAACCAAAAACCACCAUUGAAUCUGUCCAUGCAUGAAUGGUGAUAUUUUUAUCAGAUAUACAUUCCAAAACCUUCUUCAUUUGUGUUUGACUCCAUUUCAUUUUUGAUUGCUUUAACACGAUCUUCUCUAAGCCCCACAACUUCAUAAAAUCGUUUUUGCAAAUAUCUUUUGCAAUUGUAUCUUAUUUGUUUCACUGAAUGCUGAAAAUGAAUUUGUUCAAAUCUCUUCGUGAGAAACACUGCUAUUUCUGCAAGAAUAAAUGCUAAUUCUUUCAUAGAAGUUCGAUUUAUGCUUAUGGUUAAAAGAGCAUGUGCGUUGUGGAAGAAAAAUCCUUUUGAUAUUUCAGUUUCAAAAUAUACCAUCUCUUCUCUAUUUAAACGUUUGAAUUGAGUACCAUCAACAUUAACAUGUGUUGUUUCAUAGUCUAUUUGGAAGGGUAGUCAUUUAUCUUAAUAGUCCGUACCAUUUCUCUUCUACCGUGUUUAAUUUAAUUAUACAUAGCACAGUAAUUUUCACAUUUUGACCCCUCAAACGGGAACUUUCUUCCAUCAAAUUACUUACUCUAUAUUGUGGCUGAACUAAAGCAUGGGCUAUAUACACAAAUUCAGGAUCUAACCCAGGUAAAACAGGCAAAUACCUGAAUCUCUUAUCAUCUUGUGAUUGUAUGUAAUUCAAUUAACUUGGUAUUUUCCUCGCAUCUAAAUUGCUUUCUGCUACUAGAAGUUUACUCUGAUUAAGAUAAUAUAUAGGUAUAUUUUCAUACUCAAUCAUAUUGCUUAGUCCCAAGGCAUGUAAUAUUGUAUGUUUCAAAUUUCUUUUAUUAUGUAAUUGUAUAAAUUGUAUUAAAUUAUAUUAGUUAGAGGGACCAAAGAUUUACUUAAAUUUACAUUACCUAUUUUAAACUUUACAUCCUUCCAAUUAUAUUGAAAUACUUUCCUCAAUCUGUUUUUGUUAUUGUCAAACAAAGUAACAAUUGCUUUAGAUGUCUUCUCAUCUAUUUUCUUCUCAUAAUCAUGAAUAUACCACUGAACCAUGUCUGUUUUACUAGGGAUGCCCGCUUUUUUGUUUUGAAUCGAUCUACUGGAUCGUAAUGGAUCGUAACCUCGUGAAUCGAUUCACGAUUUAAUCACAUUGCAUUGAAUCGAUCUUAUUCGAUCUUGGAAAAUCGUAUCGUGAUUUUAUAAAAAUAAAGGAAAGCACAGUAUGCAUGCAAAUUUAAUUAUUUUAACAAUGCCUAUUACCGUAUCCAAUGAGUUUUUCCAAAUUAUUAUUUAUGAAAAGUAUAAAACAAGUUUACAUUAUAAAUUUCAGCUAUCUAGAUUUAAGCUCUUUAAAAAUAAUAAUUUUGGCAGCCGCACUGGUUCUAGCCUGUUGCGGCUAAUUUUUUCUAAAAUAAAAGUAAAAGUUGUUGACGAGUAUGUUUACCUGGGACAAAUAGUCCGACUAGGUAAGUCCAACUUCGACCGAGAGGUCAAUCGACGGAUUCAACUCGGCUGGGCAGCGUUCGGGAAGCUACGACACAUCUUCUCGUCAGACAUACCUCAAAACCUGAAAACGAAAUUGUACAACCAGUGCGUGUUGCCAGUGAUGACUUAUGGAACUGAGACGUGGUCCUUCACUGCUGGCCGUAUGAGGAAGCUCAAGGUCGCUCAGCGAGCUAUGGAGAGGGCUAUGCUCGGAGUUUCUCUGCGUGAUAAACUUAGGAAUGAGGAUAUCCGCAGUAGAACUAGAGUAACCGACAUAGCCCAACGGAUUAGUAAGCUGAAGUGGCAGUGGGCCGGCCAUAUAGCUCGAAGAACCGACAACCGAUGGGGAAGAAAGGUUCUCGAGUGGCAACCUCGUACCGGUAGGCGAAGUGUAGGGCGUCCCCCCACGAGAUGGAGUGACGACCUGGUAAGACAUGCAGGAAGUCGAUGGAUGCAGGUGGCUCAGGACCGUGCUUUGUGGCAUUCUUUGGGGGAGGCCUAUGUUCAGCAGUGGACUUGUGAAGGGCUGUAAUGAUAAUGAUGAUGAUGAUGAAAAAGCUGUUAAUUUUGACAUUACAAACAGACACUUCUAUUUUAUUUAUUUGUAUAGAGAUACAUACGAUUUCGACAAUUGCUGUAAUUUAAUGAAACUUUUUUCACUUUUGCUCAGUUAAGGAUAACUGUAUGUGAUGAAAUCUGAGAUGAUUUUUUAAAUUGGUAGUAUUUCCAUUAGUUUUAACCAUCUGUUUACAAACUUUACAUUGUCUACCCAUGUCACAUUUAAUAAAAAAAGCCCAAAGGUUUUAUUUGGUUGGCGGGGCCAUAUUUAAUAAUAUUUUAAAAUAAUAGUUUACGCUCACAGAACAGCUUUACCUUUCGUAUCGUAAUAAUACAAAGAAUGAAAGAUCAUAGAACACUAACAUAGAUACCCGAUAAUAAAAUAAACAAAAUAUUAUCAUACCUUCCUUCAUAUUUUAUACAUUACUGCUUUUGAUGUAACUCGAAGCUACUAUCAUUAAGGGCGGAUUCGACCAAACUUAGUAUAAGUCUUAUCCUGAGAAUAAAAUCGCUAAUUACUCUCGAGUUAGAGAACUUUCGUUUUACCAAAUCUUAACCCAGGUAUAACUGUCUAUCCGAGAGUAAAUUGUUAUACCGCCAAAAUUCAUGGAGUAAACACGUUAUCCCAGAGUAUUUUAAUGGCGGCCGCUACAUUUUAACAGCUGUUUUUGUGUGCUCUGUUGAAAAAGUAGGAUAUUUUAUCGUUGUGCAUUUAUAUAAUUUAGUAAAAAGUAGGAUAUUUUAUCGUUGUGUAUUUACUAUUUCUUGUAUUUUUGUGAUAAUUGUAGGGAUAUUUUUUUGAAUAAUGCAACGUUUACGAAAUAUGAUCGAAGAUUCAGACAGUGAUGAAGAAUACAUUCCAAGGCGUCCACGAUGGAUUAGACAAAGGAACAAUUAUUUCGAUAACUAUGAUGACCGUGACUUUGCAAUAAGGUUUCGAUUGUCCAAAGAAGCUACUUUGUGUCUUUUAUCCAAAAUUGAGCAUCACCUGGAAUAUUCAUCAAACCGAAAUUUCUCAAUAUCUCCAGUAAAUCAGUUGUUGGCCACUCUGAGAUAUUAUGCAACAAACUGGACACAAACAAGCAUUGGAGAUUACUGUGGUCUAAGUACGCCGACAGCAAACAAAAUUGUACACAGAGUUAGUGCUGCAAUAGCUGCAUUGCAUACAGAGUACAUAAAAUUUCCCUGAAUCAACUCAAGAAAUAAGACAUGAGCAAGAUAAAUUUUACCAAAUUGCUCGUUUUCCAAGAGUAGUUGGAGCAAUGGACUGUACACACAUUCGCCUCACAUUCGUACCCUUAAGACUCGAAGUAGGUGGAGAACAAGCAGAGACAUUUAGAAACCGAAAAGGAUACUACUCUAUUAAUGUGCAAACUAUAUGCAAUGCCAAUUUAGAAAUAACCGACAUAGUCGCAAGAUGGCCAGGUUCAACUCAUGACAGCACUAUAUUUAAUAAUAGCGUGCGGAAAGCACAUUUUGAGACUGGUCGCUAUGGCAAUGCGUUAUUAUUGGUAGACAGAGGAUAUGCUGCAAAGAAUUAUACCAUGACUCCGUUAGAAAAUCCAAGGACACCAGCUGAGCAACUGUACAAUGAAUCACAAAUUCGUACCAGGAAUGCUAUAGAAAGAACCUACGGUGUACGGAAAAGACGAUUCCCAGUAUUGGCACUUGGCAUGCGAGUAAAAUUAGAAAAAGCACUAACUAUUAUCAUAGCCACAGCUGUCCUCCACAAUAUGUUGCGCAGGCAAGGGGAACAACUUCCACCUGAUGACCCAGAAGUGCUAUUGCCAGCUCCAUGGGAUGAACUGUUACAACUUGGCCAAAUGCAGAGCUUGGAAUCAGCACAGCAUUCUACUGGCCAGUUAGCACGCAAUUCGUUAAUAAGUAAUUAUUUUUAUAGUUUAUUGUAGCUAUGGAAUCUAGCCAGUUGAUCGCUGUGAUUCCAAAUCUAAUUUUAUAUUAUACAAAUUAUAAAAAAAGAAAAAUAGUAUAAAAUAAAAGUUGAAAUAAAUAAGUUUAAUAUU